AUGUCAGAGAAGAACAAAGUCCACAUCUCCGGAAACCUUUGUCUGGCGGACCCCAGCUAUGUACUGCCCGAGAACGAGCUUGAUUAUGCCAAUGAGCUGCUCAGUCUCAUUCGAUGCGCUGAUGGCGAACAGCCGGAAAGAAAAAUUGAAGACUCGCAGGUGCUUUUUGACUGGAAUCUUGAUAGGGCUUUUGAAAGGCUUCAAGAAAAAGAAUUCGCCUGGUGGGAGGAACGAGGUCUCACCCGACCUAAGGAAUAUCUGGUUCGCCCAAGUGGCAGCACAAAUGCUGCUGUCGCCUGUCACUUGUACAAUCCCACGUUUGCUACUGAUGACCCCUGUGGUGGAGAAACGGAAGACUUGUCAAGCCCCUCGAUUGUUCAGUUGAACAGGGCCGGUUUCUCUACAGAAAACAACUGUUUACUUUUUGAUCAUAUUGCGCGCAGAGACAUUAGCGCUCACUGCAAGGACGCCUACCCAGAAGAUCUUCUCGAUAUCUACGAAGAAUUUACCUUUACCCUCCGUGCGGCGAUGAAGGCAAAGGUUGAAAUUUGCUGGGGCGCAAAUGUUCGGCAACGGAUGCUGAAAAAGCUCGAUUUGAAACCUCUUCGCCUCUGGAAUGAGUUUAUGGGCUUGACUCUGUACUUGGAACUGACCCCAGGCAAAAAAAGUUUGAAGCGGUUCAUCAUUUUUGUCGCCCAUCCCCAGCGUUUUAUGUACGUGAAAGGUGAUGGAGAAAAGGCCCAGGCAUGGCGACGACGAUUUGGGAUAUCACAAGACCUGGCAUUAGAUCUUGCUGCUCGGUUAAGCGGAAUAAAGAUACCGCCACGUUUCUACGAGCUGGAUCCCCGAUUGCUUCAAAACCUAUGUCGCCCGCGCCACCUUACCGCUAAAAAGGACGCCUGGACAGGCCAAGCAAUGGCCCAACUGAAGAAAGCCUUUCCAGAUGCCAAUCUUUCAACAGAAACAUCUCAUCGUGUUAAACCCACAAAGGAAGACAAAACAGCACUUCAAAAUGUGUUUCAGGCUCUGGAAAAACUUGGGCCAGAUAAACUUAACCAGACGGUCAAUAUGCUAAACAUGGAAGAUGACAAAUUUCUGAGACGCCGUCGACUACAGAAGAUAGUAGACUAUUGGCAUGGCCUAGAAGGACUGUCAUACGCGUUCAUACCUAACGCCAAGAAACAUAUCCACCAUUUGCAAGCGACGAAGACACAAGUGACCGGGUAUCUAUCUGACAGCCUUCGAAUGGAGCUUCAAGAAUCUGAUUUUUGGGAUUGGGAGGAUCUCCCUACCCCAAUGAUUGAUUUCAUAGGCGCGCAAGAUGGGCUAAAAUUCAGAAAACGAAAGAUCAUGUGUCGGUCAGAUCUUGAAGUUGCAUUUUACCUUCUCCAGAGAUGUGAAGGCAACCCCCAAGUUCUGGACAUUCUCACCCUGGCAUUUACGGUAUUGACCGCUUACGGCUGGUGGAUCGCUCGCUCAAGGAAGCCUCCUGUGGAUAGUGCACUUAUCCUCCGCGAGCAUCCAUAUGAUGUUAUGAGUCGGAAGUGCUCUGGGUGCCGCAAAGAACAUUUGGAUGACCCUUUUGCUUACUGGUCAAAGUCUGAUCCUAGUCUUUAUAUCUUCUGGUACUGUUUUAGAUCAAGUUGCGGACGACCAGAAUGCCAAGCCAAAAAUGUCAGGCUGAUACCUUUUGAUAAUCUGAUCAAGUACUCACGGGCUUCAUUCCCUGAUCUUCAGAUGAAGUCCCUGGACAGAUUUGAUAGAUGGUUUCUACUGCGCCCAGAGGAGUUUGGACUACUCCCGGAUAUGAUACAGGUUCAAUGUCAGGGUAAAGGUUGCGGGGAGACAAAACUUGUCAAGUCACGAUGGACCGCUCAUAAUCCGCCCAGAUUUGUGAUAGCAGUACACGGAUGCACGAAAUGCCUCAAGAAAACAAACUGGAUUCCUUUUGGGUUCCCGAUUCUGCACAGUUCAAAUCUUUGCCCUUUGUGGAAAAGAUUUCAUGAGCAUCCGGGUUUCGACAUUACCGGUUAUCCACGCAGGCCUGAUAUCUACUUUGACAAGAGUCUUACAGUUGGCGGUCGAGUAGCCGCUUUAAUCGAAGCGCAAAGGCUGGCCGAGAUAGACAAUUUGACUAAACAAAAGAGGAAGGAACCUUAA